AUGUCAGACGAUAAAAAGAUUGGUACCAUUGCAAAUGAUUCAGAUUUUGAUUCCGUUCACGACAAUUCAGAUGGCUACAUAAGCGCACCGGAAGAUAUUACUAAGAAUAACUCGCAAAUACAACUUCAUCGGAGCAAUACUGAUAAUGCUUCGACUCCUACUCCUGAUGCUACUAAUAUUACCCCCAAUGAAACUUCCAAGCAAACAGAAAAUCUCACCAACAUUAAUAAAUCUUUAUUCGCUAACAUUAGCUUUUCCAUUAUGGAAAAAAAUGUCGGUACCCUACAAUAUACCCAGCUAGCUAAUACAAUUGAGAAAUACGGUGGUAAAUGUUCUAAAUAUUCAGCUAGUGAUAGUAAUAAUCGUGAAGACUUUGACAUUAUUUUGGCCGAUUCUAUCACUGACGCUACCUUGGAUAAUGUCAAUGUUUUAAAACCAGCUUUCAUCGAAAAGUGUAUCGAGACUAAUAGCAUAGUCGAUAUGAAUCUUUUUAAAGCUGAAAUAGAGAGUAUUGAUACAGAAUUACAACAUGAGAGUUAUAAAUCUAUUCCAGAUUCACCUCCAUCAGUUAAUAUUAAGAAAAGAUCUAUUAGUGAUAGACAAAAUGAAGAACGUGUGGAAGAAGAAGAUAAUGAAGAAGAAAAUAAUGAAGAAGAAGAUGUGGAGGGCACAAACUAUGCCGAUUUAAUUAAUCAAGAAGAUAAUGGUACUGUUAAUACUCAUGAUGUUAAUAAUAAUAAUAAUAGUAAUGACAUUAGCAAUAACCCAAUUGGUACAACUGACAUAACUGAUUUGAAUUUUUCCAAAAGAAAACACAUCGAAACCAACAGUAAUGUUGCAAUUGAUACUACUGAAAAUAACGCUAAUAAUAAGAACAAUAAUGAUCCCAGUGUCAAUGAUCUCAUUGCUGGCACAUCCGAAACCAAUAAUAACACCUCUUUUCAAUCUAAUAUUAAAAAUAAUUCUGAAAACAAUAGCAAUAUACAAAAUGAAAAACCCAUUACGGCCGCCCAUAAUAAAAGUCAAAGAGUUUAUGUUGCCAAUAAUGCUUUAGUUGCUAGUAAAAUGAACUUUACCCCUGAAGAGGAUCAAUUUAUUUUAGAUGUUGUCAGGAAAAACCCUAGAAAACGUGAUACUCAUAGUUUAUUUCAUGAAAUUUCUAAUUAUUUGGGUGCUCAUACUGGUAAUUCCAUUAGACACAGAUUUAGAACCCAAUUAUCUGAUAAAUUAGACUGGGUAUAUGAGACCGAUGAAAGUGGUGACUUAAUCAAAGAUGCAAAUGGGCAAUAUAUCAAGACUAAUGUUAAACCACCCGGUUUGAAGAAAAAUUAUACUGCAGAGGAAGAUUAUAAUUUAUGUAUUGCUAUAAAGAAACAAUUUUAUGUUGAUUUAUAUCAAGUCGAUCCGGACACAAAAGAGCCUUUAGCAACAAAUGGCACGGCCAUUAGCAAUAGCAAUGAUUCUGCGCGUAAGCAAAUCACUUUAAACAAAUUUCCUACCAUACCGGGAACAGAACCUGAUUUUAAAUCUUUUAAAGUGGAAGAUAGACGUGGUCCUCUAUCAAGAGAUUUCUUUAAGAAUUUUAAUCAAAUAUAUCCUCAACAUCCCCCUGUUUCUUGGAGAGAUAGAUAUAGGAAGUUUGCUUUAAAAUAUGGAGUGGAUAAUUAUAUUCAAUAUUAUGAGGAAUGUCUUGAAAAAGGCGAAAUACCAACUCCAAUGAAGAAUUUAACUAGUAGAAAGGAAAGAUCUCUCAGAAAAACACAGCCUGGCAACUAUGCAAGAACGGUAAAACCUAUCGAUAACACUUCUGCCCAAAAUUUCGAACAUUUAUUAACACAACUAGCAAAAGAACCAGUUUUUAAUCAGCAACAACAUACUGGCAAUAAAAAUAAUAAUACUGAUAACGAUACUAGUAAACAGAACAGUAACGCUGCUACUGCUGCUGCUUUGGCUGCUGCAGCUGCCGCUAUUGGCGGCCGCAAUAAAAAGACCAUUGAAGAUCUGGCUGGUACUCACGAUUCAAUCAUAGAGCUGAUCAUGAAUCCACAUUUUACUUCUGCAAACCAGCCUGUUUCUGUUACGACAACCGCUGCCACGGCUGUAGCUGCUAAUAGUUUAGAUAAUAUUAUAGUGACUACACCUAGUGAUGCAUCUGAUGCAGCUAACAAAGGUGAUUUAAAGAAGGUUGACAUUAUUUUAUCUUCCCAAGAUAUUAAUGAUAAAAUCAAGGAUAUCAAGUUCCCGUCUUCAAUAACUGAAGAUAGGAAAAUUUUUACCCCUAAUUUUGAAAAAUUUACCACUUCUAACCAAUUUUUCGAACAACUCAAAUUUUUUGUUAAAAAAACUUUAAAGCUUACGGAGCCUGAAGAAAUUGUAGAUGGUAUGACAAAAGAAUUAGCUAUUAACAGCGAUUUUGCCGUUGAUGUAUUAAAAGCAGUACAUGGUGAUAGAAUUUUGAUUUUCUUUUAUUUCUUAUACAUGUUUUAUAAUGGAGAAAAUCCACCUCAGAAUAUUAGGGGCAUUUGGACUGAGGAAGAUAACAUUGAUGUAAUGUCUCAAAAUCAGGCAAAAUUACAAAGAGUUAUUGACAAACAUACAGAACCGGUUUGUAUCGACAGAAUAGAAUUUUUAAAGGAAACUCUAGAAGAUUCUGAUGAAGAUUAG